CAGAAUCUUCGCCUUUGUUCAAACUUCCUUUCUACUCCUCACAUUCAUUGAAUCCCAUUUUGUUUUUAAUUCCUUUUAUUCUCUCUCUCUUUCUUUCUUUCUUUGCAAACAAACAAUUCAAUCGAACCAUCUCUCUCUUCCUUUAUUCCUUUCUCCCUAUAAAUUCCUUCUAUCUAUUUGCCCCUCUUCACUAUUUUCGUCUCCUUGUUUGAUAGAAUCUCCUGGAAGCUCAGGGAGAUCUGAAUGUUAGGGAUAGGAUCUAUGAUGGGCUCGCUUCCUCCACCACAACUGAGCUUGGAUUUGAGACCCACCUUUGUUCCCAAGACGAUCACUGAUUUUCUCUACGAAGUUUCCGCGAUCGCCAAUGCGCCCGAUAAGCUCUCCAGGCUCGAUGAUUUCGUCAAGAGAUUGGAAGAGGAAACGAGGAAGAUUGACGCCUUCAGGCGUGAGCUUCCUCUCUGUAUGCUCCUCUUGAAUGAUGCAAUUUUAGUCCUGAAGGAGGAAUCGGCCAAAUUCAGGAUACCUGAUUCUCAGCCGGUAUUGGAAGAAUUUAUACCCUUGAGGAAAGAAUGUGAGCAGGAGGAGGAAACCGAAACAGAAAAGGAAUGCCGAGAUAAGAAGGACUGGAUGAGUUCUGUACAACUCUGGAACACUGCUAGUUAUCCCACCUGUGAACAAACAGGACAGUAUAAAUUAGAAAACAUGCGGAAAAAUGAUGAAGAACCUUCUGUGGCAGAGGAUCCUUUCAAAUCUUGUCGAAAUAGAACUGGAAGGCGGGUUUUCAUGCCUUUUACAACAUACGCUCCAGUUCCUGUGACCACUUUGGCAACCAAGGAAGAAAAGGAAGAGUCUGAUAUUAAUGGACUUUCUCUUGUGACUCCUGGAGCUAAACAUCUGAGGGAGGGCCCUGUUUCUAGCGGAUCAAGAAUAACAUCUAGCAGGGCAGUUUCAUCCCCUCCUUGCAGUGACCAACCAAGUUUACGCACUGGACAGCAGCAGACUGCUCGGAAACAGAGAAGGUGUUGGUCACCAGAGUUGCAUCGUCGAUUUGUCAAUGCCCUGCAGCAACUUGGAGGUUCUCAAGCUGCCACUCCAAAGCAAAUUAGAGAACUCAUGCAAGUUGAUGGCCUGACCAACGAUGAAGUGAAGAGCCAUUUACAAAAAUACCGACUUCACACCCGAAGACUUCCUGCUUCCACAGCUACACCUGGUAAUCAGUCUGUUGUAGUUCUUGGGGGUUUAUGGAUGUCCAGAGAUCAGUAUAAUGACUCCUCCAAGGGUAGCAUUUCAGGGUCUGGCUCUCCUCAGGGUCCCCUCCAGUUAACUUCAGGAUCGGGGGGAGGACUGUCCCAAACUGAAGAGGACAGCAUGGAAGAUGAUGAAGAUGAAAAAUCCAGAGAGCGAUAGAUGGAAUAGUCAAAUCCAGAAACCUGGAAAAAGAUGGUGUAUAGAUAAUUCUCCGCCAUGAAUUUUGCAGAUAACAGUAUGCAUGGGAGGAGUUGAAUGACCACAUAAGAAUACAUCAUAAAAAAGAAGAGAAGGAGGAUCUAUCUAUGGAGAGACUAGAGAGGCUAUUUAAAUUUUGCGGGAUUAGCUUUCUUUCUGUUUAAGUUGAGUUUUGAUCUGAGACUCCGAGAUUAAAAUCCAUGAUCUGCACAUUAAGACACAGGCGUUUUUCUUCCUCAUAUAAAAUUCGUUCAUUUCUUUUGGUCCUGAGAGUGAGAACAAUAUGAUGACUCAGAAGAAGUUAGUCGAGUGGCUUUUAUGGGGUCUCUUCCCUCUUUAUCUGGGUAUUUGGAAACACAUGGAAAAUUAUGACAGAGAACGAUUAGAUGUAAAACUGUCAUGCUAACGACUUUUGUUUUAUUAUGGUUUUCAUUUGAAAAUCGCUCAGUCAGUUUUCACGUAUGGCUGGUGAUCUUGUGAUCUUUUUCGUCUAUUGUCGUUACUUUAUCUGUGGAAUGCAAACUAAUAAGCUGAAAGGUACCUUCUUAUGUGUAUAAUGUGGUACGUGAAAUGAGGCUUCUUUGAAUAAUAUAAUUACUCUUUCAAAUUACA